AGUCUGUAGAUUAUUCCAAUCAAGUGCACAACGAAACAAAUCUGUUGCCAGUAUAAAGUUUGCGAUAUAUUUAAAGUAUGAGGUUUACAAACAUUCUACUAUGGCUUAUUCUUUCUAUAAUAGUUGAACAAGCUAAAGCAUCAUGUGGUAUGUUCAAGGAAUCCGUUUAUCAUUACCUAGGAGAAAAAAUUUUGUACCGUUACAUCACCUGUACAAAUAUGACACCAAAAGACGACUUAAACAAUCAAAUAGUUUCAAUUCUAAAUUCCAGUUGUGAAAUUUUGCAAAUAUCUAAGAGCAGUUUACCGAUAAUAAAGAAGGAGAUGUUUGUCUCUUUAAAUUUAACCAAGAUGGUGAUCGAUGCCGGCGUUCAAAUAAUCCAAGAAAAAACUUUCGAACGUUCCAAUAUAUCUACAAUAAUUCUGGAUAAUAAUAGAAUUUUCAAAAUAAAAAAUCUCGCUUUUAAAUCAUUUUAUAUAGAUACAAUAAGCUUACAAAAUAAUUCAUUGAGUGAAAUUACGGAUCAAACAUUCGCCGAAUGUGUUAAUUUAAGAAUAUUGAAUCUUCAAAUGAAUACUAUAACCACCAUAGAUCCCAAUGCCUUUAAAGAUUUAGUUAUUAUGGAAAAUUUGAAUUUAGCUUAUAAUAUUAUAACUAAUAGAUACUUGGAUAUUUUUAAAACGAAUAAAAGAUUAAAAUAUCUGAAUAUUGGUGAUAAUACGUUAACAAGUUUAGACGGUAGUCACUUUCCAACCUCUCUGUUGGAAAUUAACGCCGUUAAUAACGAUAUAGUUAAUUUCAAUAUAUCAAAUUUACGUCAACUUCAGUCACUUAAUUUGAAUUCUAAUAAAAUAUUCAGGAUAAAUGAUUGUUUAAAUAAUCUACCUGCUUUAAAUUAUUUGCAUUUAAGCAACAAUGUUCUCGGAAAAUCUCAGUCGGAAGACAUGAAAAGAUUUUCGGUAUUAACAAAUUUGACCCUAUUAGAACUCGAUAAUAAUUAUUUGGAGUAUUUUAAUUUUAGCGGAAUCGAAAAUCUCGAAAUAAUUUCUCUUUCUGAUAACUAUCUCACGAAACUUGAUUUUUCAAAACCUCCAAGAAAUUUAAAAUCCCUUAACUUGAGUCAUAAUUUUUUAUCGAGUUUUAAAAAUAUAUCAGUCUUGUCGAAACUAUCAAAAUUAGAUGUUAGCUUUAAUGAUUUAUCACUUAUCGAAUACAAUUCAUUCAUGGGAUUAAAUAUGCUGAACGGUUUGUACUUAAGCCAUAAUUCAAUAGUUGAUUUACCUAUAGGUGGUUUUAGAGACCUCGUCGAACUACAAUAUUUCGAUCUAAGUUAUAAUAACUUAACUAACAUCAGUUCAGGUAGUUUAAGCGGACUGGUUAGCUUGAAGGAAUUAGAUUUGAGCCAUAAUAAACUAACUUAUCUAAACGAAGAUAUGUUUCAUUACAUGAAGAAUUUGAAAACGUUGAAUAUAGCUUACAAUAAUCUAACCAAUGUUAAUAUUAAAGGUAUCUUAUCUCACGUGGUGUGGUUACGACAAAUAGAUCUUAGAGGUAAUAAAUGGGCUUGUAAAUUAUUGAUUAAUGUGAUUAAAGAUAGUAUAUUAUUACAAAUGAAAAGCGGCGAUUUUUUUAACGUUAGUAACGUUAACGGGAUACCUUGUGAUGAAAAUAUGGAAAUAAACGGAAAACCUGAGGACGGUUUUCCCAAAGUCGUUUCUAGUUUGAACAAUCUUGUCGAUAUUGCAUCUAAUAUAUCGAUUAAAAUAAGCGUUUUGAUCACUUUCGUAUCUCUGAUUAUACUUUUGAUUGGUAUUAAGUCAAUUUUGACAAAAUAUUCAUCUCAAAUUACUACUGCUAAACAAUUCAUUUAUCAAAAGUCUGAAAGCGAACCAGAAGUACAUCUCAUAUAAACAGCUGAUGAAUUGUUUCUUUUGUUUUGGCUUUUCACAAUUUCAAUAGUAUAUUAAUUACGAGUGUAUAAUGGAGCUUAUUAUUCACGAUGACUGCCACGAUCAACUCAAAAAUGGAGUUCCCGAUUUCGUGUCUGGUCUGAUUGAAUAUGAAGCUUCUAUCAAAAGUUAAAAUCUCGUUUUUUAUUUCCUCCAGUAUCAAAAAUCUGUUUAUUAAUGAUUUUUUCACUUAUUUUUAUUACUUUUCUAUAUAAUUUUUCAAUAUUGGGUAAAAGCUAUUUCUUGGAGUACCAUUUCCAAUUUUAUUUUGAAAAUAUUGAUCCAAGCGAUGCGCUUCUUCAUUACCUUUCGUCUGGAGGUUUUUUGUCUAACUAGAUUUCUCCAGGAUGUGCAAAAAAUGUGCAUUAGGAGGAAAAUCUGCUUGCCAUCAUACAUCGCAACUACCAUCAUGGAUUUCUAUUCAUUGAAGUCCCCUUGUUCUAUCCACUAGGUUCCCGGGAUUAUUAGAUGAUUCACCCUUAAUUCUUGGAGGUUUUUACACAAAGUGUUUCCUCAUUUUAUACAUGAACAGCUUUUUUAUACAUCUAUUGGAAAAGAUUCGCAAAUUUGAAGUGAUUAUGAUCUUGUUUGUGGGAAGAAUGCAUUAUUCUCGUAAAAACAGACAAUAAACGUUUUGUAGAGCAAACUGAUUGAUUUCGUGAGAUUUGUAGAGCACUUAUAGGAUAUAUAAAUCAAUUUUAGUUUCAUUAUGUCGUUUAAGAUAUGUUUUACAUAGAUAAGAGAUAUAUUUAUAAAUAUUUUAAGUCUAGAAUUCGGAAAGUUAUUGACAGAUUUAUGCAUGGAGUUAUGAUUGUUUUUUAGAUAAACCCUAUAUAUAACUCACACUUUAAUUGAAGUUUUUUUAUAUAUAAUUAGUAUGUAUAAUUUCAAGUAUUACAUGUCAAGUUUAACAUUCAAGUAUUAAAUAAUAUUUAGGCGGCAAAUUUUACCAUCUUCGAUGUAUACAAAAAGACUGAUUAUUAUGUAAUUAUUUCAUUUUAUACUAAUAUUCAUGUAUUGUACGGAUGGUAUUAUUCAUUAUUUUUAUCAAAUUUUAUAUGAAAAUGUAAUUUAAUAAACUUAUAAUACACCAGUUAGUACAUAGAUAACUAUCUGACUUAAUAACAUUACCAUUGGAUUAUCUAAUUAUAAAAAUUGUUUUAAAUUAUUAUUACCUAUUGUAUUUACUUUUCAAUAAAAUAUUCUUCCUA